AAAGUAAAAUUAUUGUUUUUAUUUUUAUUUUUCUUUUCUCCUUCUUUCUCAUCUCUCAACUGUACACGGCUGUCGGAAAAUUCUCUCCGGUUUUCAUCGUUUACGUCUAAUAUACGAAGCUUGUGGAAUUGCAGAUUGUUCGAUUUCUUGAAUCUUCUGGUAUUGUCAGUAUAUUUAGGUUUCUGAUGCUUAAGAGCAUCAUUUGGAAGUCGAUGAAGGACAAGAGUAAAUAGUUCAUUAAAGAAAUAUAAAAUGCAGACAGAUUCAAUACUCUCCUCCAACUCGGAGACACAUCUUCUUUCGGAGACUAUCAUUGCUCAUGUUGGAGAUCAGGGCAUUGCAGCAUCAACUCCUGAUCGUGUCAUAGAACCCCUGCCUGCCAAAAGGCCUACUCGACAAUGGGCUGCUUGGACACGUGAAGAGGAGGAAAGUUUCUUCACUGCAUUACGGCAAGUUGGAAAGAAUUUUGAAAAGAUCACUUGCCAUGUCCAAAGCAAAAACAAGGACCAGGUCAGACACUACUAUUACCGUCUAGUAAGGCGUAUGAAUAAGCUGUUGGCUCCUGGGUUAUGUCUGGAUGCAAAAAAUUCUAAGGAUACUAAUGCUGCAAUGCUCCGAUGGUGGUCAUUACUGGAAAAAUACAGUUGCAAAGCUUCAAAGCUUCACCUGAAACCCCGACGUUUUAAGAUUUUUGUUGAAGCCUUGGAGCAUCAACUUUUGAAAGAUCGGAAGAAGACUGUAAGAAAACGUCCAUUGCAGGGAGAAAACUGCCCUCCACCCAUGCCAAAUGCUGUCUCUAAUCAGAGUAGAGCUUUAGGGCAUGAUGGGCGUGCAGUUAAAUUAGUCUUAGUUGACACUCAAAACAUUCCAAAAUUGGGCCAUAGGAAAACUGCAUCAAGACGCAAUGUGAAUGUUGGUAUUAACCGUGGAAACAAUGGUGGAUAUCCCACAGUCCUUAAACCAUCAAGGCAGAGAAGAAAAUCAGAAGGUGUAUCAUCAGCUGCAUAUAAAAAAUGGGAAAAAGCUGCAAUAGCAGGCGUUUCUUUGGUUGCUGAUGCUGCCGAGCAUUUAGAGCGCACUAUUACAAACAGAGAUGUUUUACAUGAUCAAAAUACUGUAGGGGAAAAGAAUUCUGAUCCUGUUGGGAGCCCCUUGCUGCUAUUGGCUCCUCUUCAGCCAAAUUCCUUGAUUGAUGUUGCUAAUACAAAGCUGAAGCUUCAGCUAUUCCCAGUUGAUGAUGGUACUCGAAGAGCCUUGGAAUUGGACAAACACAAUCCACACUUGGAGCUCACUCUUAGUACUCGCAAGAAAAUCUCAUCAGUUUUAGAGCAUCUAAGUCGCAAAUGGGGUAAUUCAAGUGCUGCUCAUGGAGCGCUUAUGCUUUUUCCUUACAGUAUGCAGAAAAAAUGCCUGGCAGAAUGUCAGAGAUGGACACAGGACUCCUUUGAGAGUGCGGGUGACGUAUAUGCGGCAAUUGGAAGGCCUCAAGUUUUCCGUUUAAGGUAUGGUUGGUGUUCCAAUGCAGAAAUUGGGUCUCCUGAAUUACAGACAUCCGUGCCAGCAUACUGCAUUCAAGAUGAUCAUAUUAUAGAUGCCAGGGAUAUCGACGGACGGAUUGUGGAUUUAGCAUCAAUCAAUGAUCAACCUGUAGGUCUUAAUAAGGAUGAAGUAGGUACAUUGAAUGAUAAUAUGUCAACUCCUACUGUGCCCAAUGAGACAGAAAGGUUCAUAUGUGGACGUCUGGAUGAUCUUCCAAGGUCCUCUGAUCCUACUUUAAACAUAUCAUGGGAUAAAAAAGAUGUUGCUGAUAGAACCUUCAUCCAACGAUCUGAUGAUGUGGAUGACCUGAAGUUAAGCAAUGAAACUUCCUUAUCAGCCGGAGAGUGGGCUGACAGCCUUACAAAUAUAAACAUUGGAGACCUACUUUCAGGAGUUUCUCAGGAUGUGGAUCCCAACUGCAUUGACACUCCUCUCACGGAAGGCAUCCAGUGUCUUCAGCAGAUUCCAUUCAGCUGUGAUUCAUUUGAUGCUGCAAUAGCUGCUCAUAUAUCCAGACAGCAAGACAAGACAGUUUCUCAACCAACUUUGGCGUCUCAUGUAUCCUCCAUAUGGGACGCUGAAGAGACAUGCGAUGCCUUCUCAUUUCAAAAGAAUCCAGUUAUCCUUCAAGAGGUUCCUAGUUCAUCCCCUUUCUCUUCUUUACAAGGUUACAAACAUAUUGCUCGAACCUACUCCAUGGGAUCCAGCCACAUGGCCGAGGAAUUACUAUCAGACAGCCCUCCAGAAGAUCACAAUCAAGGAGACCCGAUGGACGAGUGUCAGUCUGAUCCACAGAUCUCGGAGACAAAAGAUCUCAAUGAGCUAGCUGACAUCUAUUGGCCUGAUUCUCUAGGCCCGUUGGAUUUGGAUUUGCCAUCUACUAACAAGUACCAUAGCGAAGAUCUAAUUUUAGGCGAUAGCCUUAGCAGCUUGAACCGUUUGAUAGCAAGCAGCUUGGAUGCAUUUCAAAAUUGCUCCUUUUUCGGUUUCGACAAGAAGGAAUCAUCAACAUUCAACAGCUGAGCUCCAGAAAGGCUCCAUUGUCAGAUUAUUUUAGAAAUGGAAGUCAAGGUGUUCGCUUUUGAAUCCAGAAAUUAGAGUGAAAAAGGAGAGAUUCAGUAGUUUUGAAUGCGAAAUAGAAUGGAAGGGAAGUUUAGUAUCUAAUAUAUAGUUGAAAGAGGAGGAGUGAGGGAGGAGGGAAGGACAUGGCCAAAGCCCAGUGCUGCCCAUGUAAGUAAACUCGACAAGUCUUGGUUUUGUAUCUAAAAAUUUCUUUGCUUUUGUACAAAAUAGACAUGGAAAGAAAAAUCUAACGUUCUUUUUCUUCUUGUUUGUUAAUGAGGGCUGUGUGUUCAGUUCCUGUAAAUUGUACAAGAACAUCUUCAACCCCCACCCACCCAAUUGCCAAAAUUUGUGAUAUUUGUUCUU